AUGGCGGCAUCACGGCGUAGUUUGGAUAUGUACGAUGAAAUGUACGAAAUAAAAAAUGGUCGAGAGAUUGACGAUAGUCCUCCACCGGACUUGGAUGUUUCCGGGUCGCUACGGUUCAUCAACCAGGAGGAGGAGGACGAGGAGGAUGAUGAGGAUCACCCGGAAGAACGGGAACAGCGAAAGGAAAGCUUUAACGAAAGCCACCCAUUGGCACUGGUCGAUGAGGGAGGGAAAAAGGCAGCCCGAGGUACAGCAGACUUGAGCCAGAAGCGCGAGACACUUCGCAAGAACGAUUCCCUUACAGACAGCAGUGGCAGUGUGUCGGACGACGAGAAGGAACCGGCCAAGAAGCUGGUCGAGGAGAAGGAGUUCAAUCCGAAGCUGUACGAAAACAUUGACGCACCGGGCGAGGUGAAGGACCUGUUCCAGUACAUUUCACGCUACACGCCGCAGCGCGUUGCGAUCGAUUACAAGCUAAAAAUUUUCAUCCCCGAGUUUAUACCGGCCGUGGGCGAUAUCGAUGCGUUCCUGAAGGUGGUUCCACCGGGGCCGGUGAGCGAGAACAAGAGCAAGAAGCUAACCGGUCACAUACAGAAUCUUGGUUUGAUGAUCCUGGACGAACCUUGUGGUGAUCAGAGCGACAGUGUGCUGCUACAGAUGAAGCUACGGUCGAUUUUUACCAAACCGAUCGAAACACCGUCGGCGAUAGUGAAGAGUGCGCGUGACAUCGACCGAUGGAUAACGGAAAUACAAUCGCUUCGAGCGAACCAGUCCAUCCAGAGUGCGAACGCACAGAAACAACCGAACGUGAACAUCGACAGCUUGAUGUCCGAGUGGCCGGAAGAGGUCGAGCGGACGCUCGAUGCGGUCGGUUUCCCUUCGGCCAAGCUGGACUGCAGUUUGGCGAACUACAUUAAAAUUGUCUGUAACAUUUUUGACAUUCCGCUGCCACCCGGCGAAAGCCAGGCGGAUUAUAUCUACGCAUUGUACAAUCUUUUCAACCUUUUCCUGGCAAUCAAGCAGCAGAACAGUUUGUAGAUGCGGGUUAC